AUGCGUUGGAAUAACUCCUCCGAUGACAUCCCAAUGACUACAAAAGAAGACAGCGUUAAUGACGAAACACAUUUUUUGGACUUAAAUGAUGACUGUUUACUGGAAAUUUUAAAAUAUUUAAAUAUACAUGAAACCUUUACUCUUUUGGGUGGCGUUUGUAAGAGAAUUGAUGAUAUUAUAUACGAAAGACUUGCAUUAAUAAAACAUUUAACUAUUAAUCUACGAGAUCCUCCAGCAUUCACUACACAACAACUAGAAAUCAUAGGACGAAAUUUAAAAAGUCUUUACAUUAGUGCUGGUUACUCUUUGUCUUCGCCUUUAACUCUUAACUACCUGCAACCCAUUUGCUGCCAAGGGUCUCUACAAUUCCUGACUUUACAUUACGUGCAAUUCGAUGAAAGUUAUCAAAAAUGUUUAAUGAAAGUGGCUGCUCAACUAGAGUUUCUUGAUUUAAGUUAUUGUCAGUUAACUGAUGACUUGCUGCAGCCUAUUUUGGAAAAGUGUAGCAAUCUUAGGGCAUUAACAAUUUUUGGUAAUUAUAAUUUAAAAUGUACAUCAUUGGCAGCUUUAAAAUCAAGAGAAUUAAAGGAGCUUAAGGUAGAACAAAAUUCGAAUUGUAAACCUGAAAUAGAGAAAUUUAUAAAGAAAAAUCCUGAGGUUACAGUGACCAUAUUUGCUAUUGGGUUUUUGGGUCAUAUUAAUUCAAAAGCAUAUCAUGAGUAG